ACCGAGUCAGUCACUCGAGAACUCCCAGUGGUGUUUCAUACAAAAACUGUCGAUAUAUUAAUAGAAAGUUGUGAGUGGUUUACAAUCGCGAACUGUCGAACGAACGAAUGAUUAUUGCGCAAUCUUACCGUAGCGAAAUAUACAAGGAAAUAAAGUGAUACAGUACGGAAAGCAAGAACUAAAGGAGGGAAAACGAAGGGAAAAGUGCGAACUGAGAAAAAAAUAAACCUUUUUUGAAGCCAAUAUAUGAUAACGAAAAAAACAAACAUAUAAACCUGCAAAAACAAGUGACAAUAAAAAAAGAAGAAAAAAAUACUGCAUAAACCAUAACAGGUGAACGGAACAACAGGUGACAGGCGUAACAGAACAAGAGGCAUUGAUCUUGUAUCGCCUUAAACACCUUCAUUAUGGUUCGCUGUUUGAUCAAAUCCCACAACCAGCGCUAUUAUCCCUCCAAAGUGAAUGAUGACGCCGAGGGAAUGUGCAACAGCGUGGCGUCCCUGGAGCCUGACCCGCGAUACUCCGGCUGCUGCUCUAAUAUCUUCCGUCCUGGUCGCGUGGUGAGGGAUCUCGUGGUGGGCGGCCUCGUGGUGCUGGGCCUGGCGGUGGUCGUCGCUGUGGUGUUCGUGGUGUGCUACUUUUUCAUCCCUGUCAAACCCGAUGGUGAGUCGCCCUUGCUGGGGGAGGAGAGUGCCUUCCAUGGGGUGCCAUAUGAAGCAGAGAUCAACCACAACAACAUCAAUGAAGUGGUAUUCCGAAAUAGCACCAGAUAUGAUGUAGAUCCCAUGCUAGAGAGGAUCAAGGAAGCCGAACACGACGAUCACGGCCACCAUCACGACCACGACCACCACCAUGACCACGACCACCACCAUGACCACGACCACGACCAUGACCACGACCACGACCACGAGGGUCACAGCCACGACCACGACCACGAGCACCACCAUGUUGGCCCCGUCCCUGAGCCAGAGUCCGAGCCUGAACCAGAGGCAGAAGCUGAACCAGAACCAGAACCAGAGCCAACUGGAGAGCCUGAGCCAGAACCAGAGGCGGAGUCCACAGCUGAGCCAGAACCUGAGGCCACUGCUGAGCCAGAACCAGAGCCUGAGUCAGACCACACUCACGCUGAAAUGGAUCAUGAACAUGGACCAGUAACUCAUGACCACACCCAUCCUGAAAUGGACCACGAUCACACCCAUCCUGAAAUGGACCACGACCACACACACCCUGAAAUGGGCCAGGAACACACUCAUGAACAUGGACCAGUAACCCACGACCACACCCACCCUGAAAUGGACCACGACCAUACCCACCCUGAAAUGGACCACGAUCACACACACCCUGAAAUGGACCACGAUCACACUCACCCUGCUGAAGGCACACUGGAGGCUGCAGAACCCCAAUUGCACCCUGUCCCUGAAGCAUCUGAGUCUGAGGUGACCCGUGUUCCCGCCACUGAGGUAGAGGAGGGAAGUUUGCCUCCUCUCAUUGAACUCUUCAGCCAAAAGACCCCUGUUGAGGAGACAGCACCUGAGGGUUCUGAGGGUACCUUGAAGGAGCUGGUUGUCCCACACGAACACACUCAUGAGGAAGAGGCACAUGCUGAGCCUCACCCUGAUGUCCUCUCCCCAGCAGAAGAGACUCAGGGCAUCACUGAAGAAGUGCCUCAGGGGAAGUGUCAGCCACGGCAGCUGGAGAUGUGCAGUGACCUCCCACACACACUGACAGGCUUCCCUAACUGGGCUGGAGAUCAGACUGAGGAGGACAUGCAGCAGACAUCUCUUCCCUUCCUGCGGGAUGUGAUUGUGAGGUCCAGGUGCUCCCCAAGGGCAAAGGAAUACUCCUGUGCCAUCCUGGAGCCUCCCUGCACCCCUGACGGCACCAUCCUGCCUCCCUGCAGGACUUUCUGCAAAUCUGUGGCCGCCACCUGCCAGGAGUUCAUCACCUCCAGGUUCAGCCUCAGCAGCGCCUUCGACUGUGAGCAGUUCCCAGACUCCUCCGACCCCAACGUGUGCUUUGACCUCACUCAGGAGCCUUGCCUGGGUCUGGAGCACCGGUGUGGGGACGGCCGCUGUGUGGCCAAGAGGCUGGUCUGUGACGGCCACUUGGACUGUCUUGACCGUUCAGAUGAGGCCGCCUGUCCUGGCCAAGGCUCAGUAUUUGCAAUAUAUGUUAGUAUUGUAGCUUUCAUUGUGCAGACUGUUACUGCACAGCCUCAGGCACACAUUGGUCUAGCAACAUCUCUAUUCUAUAUCAAGACAGCCGAGGGCGAGGAGCUGCAACAAACAGGCCCCACCUCCACCCCCCACCUCCCCGAUGCUCCUCACCAUGGCAUCGCUAACGAAGACUUCCCAAACUCUCCUCUUGAUCCCCACACAUUCCCAAGUGAGGCUCAGACAGACUCUGAUCAAUCACACGGAGCCACACAGAGCCACGUAGUCUCGGAGGGUGAUGUGCCAGCCUUGGUGCCCCAGGGCGAGGAUUACUAUCCUGAUAACCCACAGGAGGGUGUCAGCAAUGUGGCUUUGAAUGCCAACAGUCCUGUUGAAUAUCCAAAUGAUUUCACUGAGCCUCAGCUUCCCACCACACUGCCCAAUGAUGCUGCUCUGAAGCCUUCCUCCGAUCGUGGGAGCUUUGCUCCUCCUCCUGCUGCUGAGGAGUCCUGUGGUCAGGAUGAGUUUGGGUGUGUGGAUGGGUUAGCCUGCUUGCCCUCAGAGGCUGUGUGUGAUGGCAUCCCGCAGUGUGGCGAUGGGUCGGAUGAAGGAGACUGUCAACGUGUGGGGUGCAACACGGGAGAAUUCCAGUGUGCCACCACCGGCCAGUGUGUCCCUGAAUCGUGGGUGUGUGACGGGACUGAUGACUGCAAAGACAAUUCUGACGAGACUGACUGUGAUCUGCCCCCACUCCAGGAGCCCCCAUCAUCCCAUGCUGAGGGGGCACCUACCCUUGAGAAUCUUGCUCCCUUGGGGCUGUUCCCCCUCCCUGGGGGACACCUCCAGGACGUUUAUGGAGGCGAGGAAUACAGUUUCAACAAGUUUGGAGGAGGAGAUUCCUUUCUUGAUAACGGCAGUGAUGGAUUUCCACCCGUUGGUGUAUCUAAUGGAAUAAAUGGGUCACACACGAGAGAUUAUGCCAGAGAACUGUUCUCAGGAGAAAGUGACGAGGGCACAUUUGUCGCAGCCCAGGAAGCUCUAGUGAGCUUGCUAGACUCUGGGAGGAACACCCAGGAAGACCCACAGGACAGAGAGGCAUUCCAGACUGACACUGGAGACUCAGAGCCUGGCCAGGAAGGAGCCAGCGAACUAGAAAGCAUUCGUGUUAAGGACUUUGAAGGAUAUGAGUCAGGGCUGCCUUUUGAUAGCCAAGUGCAGGAGUUCCCACAGCAGCCCUACCAUAGUGACACCACUGUGCACGACUUCCCUCAAAACCCUCCUGCACAGCCUGAAUUUACCCGGCCUGACUAUCCUGAAAACCCUGUACAGCCUGACUAUCUUGAAAACCCUGUCCAGCCUGACUUCCCUGUAAACUCUGCUGUGCCUGAAUUUGGCCAGGCAGACUAUCCAGAAAGCCCUGCCCAGCCUGACUACCCUGUAAACUCUGCCCAGCCUGAAUUUGGCCAGGCAGACUAUCCAGAAAACCCUGCCCAACCUGACUACCCUGUAAACUCUGCCCAGCCUGAAUUUGGCAAACCUGACUAUCCAGAAAACCCAGCCCAGCCUGAAUUUGGCCUGUCUGACUAUCCUGAAAACCCAAAUCAGGCUGGGUACUCAUCCCAUGCCUUCCCUGAGGACACCUACCAGGACAACCACCAGCCUGACCUCGCCUCUGAUAGUUUUCCUGACAGUCCUGACCAGUUUGAUGAGACACAGGAGGACGAACACACCCACACUGUUCCUGAUCAAUCCCAGAAUUAUGACGUGCUCAGCCAGCCACCUUAUUAUGACAACUUUGGACAGGUUAGUGAUCAUAGCCAGCCUCCUCCAGUUCAGGAUAAGCCUCAGUCAAUAGCAGAGGAUGAAACACGGCCUUCCUUCAGAGAGCUUCCUUCAGAAAUACGCUACAACCACCCUCAGCUCUUGGCACCAGGAGAAUCUGACACUAUACCAGAGGAAGCACCACAGGAGGCAUUAUCAGAUUAUACCAACACAGAGGAGGUUGUUAUUGAGGCCAUGGGCAGUGAACCCAUAGAAACACUCCGGGACCAUACCCCUCAGGAACACCCCCUGUUGGAAUAUGAGGAUGAGACUUCCUACUCCCCUUACCAGCCACUCCCUGCAGAUUUCCCUCAGGCAGCCAACAGCCCCACCUCUCCACAGGAUGAUCAGACACCACCACCACCACCUCCUGCACACCAGAACCAAGAGCACAGUGAAGAAGAGAGUGUGCCAGAGUCUGUGUUGGAUGAAGACCUUGAGAAUGGCAGGGAGUCAGAGCAAAUCCUGAAGUCCAUUGACAUUGCUUUGCCUGUUAUUGAUUAUGAUGACAUCCCUGACACUCCCUCCACACCCACCACCACCACCACUGCUGCCCCCACACCCAACAGAGGCAAGAGGCUAAGAGGCAGCACACGGUUUGGCUAUUCCCGUCGCCCCUUCACCCGCAGACCCUCGUCCACCACCCUGAGGACCAGCCCACCAACCAGUGCUCGCCCAGGUCCACAGCCAACUGCCUCUUCCUUCCUCUCACGCCUUCAGAAGUGGCGCACUUCCCGCAUUCCGUCGUAUGAGUCACUGCGAACGCCGGCAGCAAAGGAACGCAUGGACACUGAGGAAGAUGGAGAAGAGGAGUCUGUUGGUGGUGUCAGAGUGUCUCCAAGGCCAAGAGUGCCACCAUUCCGACGAGGCAGUAAUGGUCCAAGGCCCUAUGCUGCCAGACCUACACUGAGGACCUCCAGGAUAGAUUCAAUCCCUGGAAGCUUCUCCCAGGAAUUCCUGAAGGAGGGAGUGCAACCAGAGAGCACCUUUGCCUCACUGGAACAGGCUGAAGGCAACAAUCAGGAAGAUGAAGAAGACAGUGAACUUGCUGCCUCAGUACUUGCUGCUGUCCACAUUACAGCACCGACACAGCGCACAACACAGUGGCACCCUCCACCACGCAUGUACCGCCAAGACUUUAGGAGAGACAACCUGGAGUUACAGAGGACUCGCUACAACACAAGAAGAACUCUGCGGACAGGAGACGAGAUUAGUGAUUACGUGGGAGAGGAGAGAGACGAACGCGUGGCAGAAGCACCUCAGUUUAGCUAUGCCUCUGAGAUACCUGACUACAGCUCUUCAGACUAUGCCUCCCCAGACUACCAAAUGCAUGCCUCAAAUUACCCUUCAUAAGUGAUAACCCAAAGAUAAUAACCUGAGGGCAUCAGCAACACACCUCAGCAGACAGUAGUACAGCGCCUCAGAGGACAACAAUGCAACAUCAGUGACUCCAGCACCCGAGGAGGCAGUGGAGGUGACAGAACCCAUCCUGGAGGAGACCACAACCCUCCCUGUGGAAUCUGAGACCAUCACUGCACCACCUUGCCCUGAG